AUGUCCGCCUCAGUAGCUCACGAUGCCGCAUGCAUCUUCUGCAAGAUUAUCAAGGGUGAAAUCCCAAGCUUCAAGCUGAUUGAGACCAAGCACGUCUAUUCGUUCUUGGACAUCCAGCCAACGUCCCAAGGCCACGCCUUGGUUAUUCCAAAGUGGCACGGUGCCAAGCUGCACGACAUUCCAGAUGAGUAUCUACACGACGUGCUGCCAACCGCCAAGAAGAUCGCCAAGGCAUUGAACCUCGACGCAGACGGCAACUACAACAUUUUGCAAAACAAUGGCAGACUCGCCCACCAAGAGGUAGACCACGUCCACUUCCACUUGAUCCCUAAGCCAGACGAGAAGACAGGCCUCAUUGUCGGCUGGCCUGCCAAGCAAGCCGACAUGGAUCAAUUGGCAAAGUUCCACAAGGAAUUGGUGGCCAAGUUGGAAUCCUGA